AUGAAGUUGAGUGUUUAUUUUACAUUGAUUUGUAUUACUUUCUCCAAUGUGAGAAGUAACGCAGACGCAAACCAGGAUACACUUUCGGCGAAUGGUGUGGAGACGUUGCUGAGAAAGCUGGAAAACAUUGAUCGUAAAUUGUUGGAGCUUCAAAACGGCCAGAACGAACUCCAAAAUCAAAUAGCAAGCAUUAAGGCGUCGCAAGAGAAGACCCUCGCCGAUUUGAGUGCUCUACAAAAUCAAUCGUUGGUGAUACUUGAACAUCAGGUAGCAGCCGCCAGCCAUGUUCAGUCAUCUGCAACAGUGGUAAACUACAUGCCGCUGAAUAGCCAGUUGCCAACAUCUAUGGCAACAUCGUGCAAGAAUGUACAUAACAACGCUUCCGGAGUGUAUCUCAUCCGCGUGAAUAACGAUAUCACACCGUUUAAUGUGUUCUGUGAGCAGGAAAAGUUUGAUGGAGGCUGGACGGUGGUGCAGCAUCGAUUCAACGGUUCGGUUGAUUUUAACCGGGAUUGGGUCGCGUACCGGGAUGGCUUUGGUGACAUCGAGAGAGAAUUCUGGCUCGGGUUAGAAAAAAUGCACCAGAUAACCACGGAACGGCCGCAUGAGAUAGUAAUCGAGAUGAAGGACUUUCGGGGCAACUAUGCCUAUGCCCGCUAUAAUCAGUUUAAAAUAGGCAGUGAAAGUGAGCAAUACAAAAUAACACUGGGAAGACAUACCGGCUCUGCAAGAGAUUCGAUGCAGGAUAACAAAAAUAUGAAGUUCUCAACGAAAGACCGUGAUAAUGAUAAGUCGAGUUCACACUGUGCCCAAAAAUUUGAAGGCGCCUGGUGGCAUAAAGACUGUACCCUAGCGAAUCUGAACAAACGAUAUAAAAAUCUUUCGAAUGGAGACGCAAUUUAUUGGUACGGUUUCAGAAACGACCAUCGAGGACUCAGCUACACCAGAAUGAUGAUACGCGAGAUUUAA